CUUUGGGUUAGCUUCUGCGGCGGCGCAGUGGUCGCUUGUUAUGCAAAGCAAAGCAAUACAAAUAGUGAAUAGACAACAAACAAUAAUAAGUACUCGUAGUAAGAUAAGAAGCAAAGCAAAAGACAGAACUCACAGGUAGGAGAAGCAUUUAAGUAGCACUUUUGACUCUCCCUCUCUCUCUCUCUCUCUCUCUCUCUCUGCCUCUUUCUUUGACGAACUUUGUUCAAGAAGCAUACAUCAUGAAUCAGAAUCAAAACCAUGUUUUGGGUCUAAACCCAAAACCGAGGAGCGAGUCAUUUGGGUACUACUCAGAGCAGAACUACACAAUGAUGGAGAAGAGGCAACUUUUCCUUAGAAGCUAUCAGUUCUGCAGAAAAAGGAGCUUAUCUGAGAGACUCAAGGGGUCCUUCAUCCGUGUCAAGAGGGUCAUAUGUUUUAGGCUUCGAUCCGCUCGUAGAUUCAGGAAGUUGGUCUGUUCCGGGCUUAGAUACGGUUUCUAUUACCGCAGAAGAAAAUUCCUAAGACUCGUCAACAGCAAAAAAAACUACUCCUCCUCCAACUGCUUCUGGUAGUUAUUAGUUUUCUUUCUUUCUUUCUUUCUUUUUAACUCUUUUCAGUUUCUCUCAUCUCUUUCUCAAUCUGGUGAUGAUUUGAGGUUGAUAAUUACUAUGUUUUACAUUUUAGAAUGUCUUAUCAGGUUUACCCUUCUGAAUUCUAUGGUAUUAAGAAAUUGUUCUAAAUCUAUUUCAU